AUGGCUCCUGAAUAUGCAACAAGAGGUUACUUGACUGAAAAGGCAGACGUUUACAGCUUUGGAGUUGUGGCUUUAGAGAUCGUAAGUGGGAAGAGCAACACGAAUUACAUGCCAAAAGAGGAGUUCCUUUUUCUUCUUGAUUGGGCCUAUGUUCUGCAAGAACAAGGAACUCUUUUAGAGGUUGUGGAUCCUAAUCUUGGUUCCGACUUCAACGAGGCGGAGGCAAUGACAAUGCUUAACUUGGCACUCUUAUGCACCACCACAUCUCCUACUCUCCGGCCACCAAUGUCUUCUGUCAUCAUGAUGCUCGAAGGCAAAAUCCCGGUCGAAGCACCCGUUGCCAGUCGUCGUGGCCCGAAUCACGAGUUCAAGGCCUUUGAGAAGGUAACAGAAAAUAGCCAAAGAGACAACUCUGUGUCCUCACAUAACUAUGAUCAUAAUGUAGCAUGCAUGUAUAUGGAUGGUCCAUCAACUGGUUCCUCAGUUUCUCUCAAGAGUAAGGAUGGUAAUCAGGACAGUCCCGAAUUCCCCAUCAUGAAAUCUUCUCAAGGAUCAAUCUGA